UAUAUCCUUGGUCGAUGACCAGAAAUGAUGGAACACGGAAAUUUAAAACAGUUAUAGAGUUAAAUUUUAAUGAUUGAAAAUGUUAAUGUUUAAUGCAAACUUUUGCCUUGUUUAAUGAUUUCUGUGUUUAAAAUAACUCAUUUCCAGCCGCUGAAUGAUGGGUCACUUCAUUGGUUCAAUAAUCUACAAGGAGCACUUUUUAGCGUGCUUCCAACGAAAUGCCCCUCGGAGCGUAUGGUACUGGUGGUCCACGCUUCUUCUUUCCCCUUGUUCCUGACAUCUCUGCGUUCUCUGCUCCACGGUAGGCCCGACCAUUUUAUGUUUUUAAUUAUUUUAAUGUUUCUAUGUUAACAUAAUUAAAAGCAUGAACAAAGACAAGAAGAAUAAUAACAUGUUUUUAUUAUUCUUCGGGACUCAGACUUAAGUUCUGGCUGUGGAAGUACGAUUAGUGAUUAGUGAUUAGUGAUGAUUGCCUCGAUCUUCUUUAAUUAUAUCUGGAUUACUUCGACUCCAACAAUUUGGAUCAACAUGUGAUCCGUUGAUCAGAAAUAAAUAAGAAAGCUUUGGAAGGUGAUUUGACAUCUACCAAUAACAUGCAUUAUCCAGAAAAGUCCACACUAGGCGACGAAUGCUCGAUUUUCGUUGCGAGACGGAUUUUUGUUGUCUGUCGUUGUUGUUGGAAACAUGCGACAGUCUCAGGAUCUCCCGAAGAACCAUGCAUGAACUGCGAUUUCGAUUGAUGAGACUUGUUUAUGUGUAUGUGUGCAUUGUUUGUAAAUACUGAGAACGAGGAAAAGAGGUUUUUCUCGAUAACACCCCAGUUUUUCAAUUGAAAUGGCCGUGUUCGAAUUAGCAUCCUAUCCGGAAGUAUGCCGAAUAUGUCUGCAUUCGAUUCCGGUGAGUUCGAUGAUCCCACUGAAGAAAUAUAAUUCCGAAUUGAACGAUACCGUGGACCAGUUGAUUAAUUCAGUGGCGUAUACUGUUCCGAAGAACUUAGAACAUCUGUUUCCGCAACAAGUUUGUAAAAAGUGCUACACAUCAUUGGAGUCCUUUAUUACUUUUCGGUCAAAUAUGAUUCUUUUCCAUCAGUUCAUGGAAGCAUUGGUAGAGGUGAAACAAGCCAACACCAGUCUGAUCAAAAAUCUGUUUCAGAAACGACCGGAAGUUGUGGGAUUACUCCAAACAUUGAAUCUGUGCAAUAAAGAAAAAGCUUCCGUCGAUGAUUUACUGGAUGAGUUUCCCAGCUAUAGGUUGGCUCAGCUACCAGCCAAAUACGAACUGCAUUCAGAAGGAAUCAAGAAGGAGCUAAGGGAUGAUGUUGAUUUUGAGCCUUUAUCGGAUUCAAUUCCAGAAUCAAUUGAAACCACUGAAUUGGUUAUAAAACUAGAUCCUAUGGAAGCACUGAUGGACAGCCAAAGUACAGAAUCGCAUUCCCCGCGGAAUGACAAUUUCGAUGAUCUUGCAGAAGACCGAGUAGUCUCAGAACACGAACCUGAAACGAGUGCCGAAUACUUGCCUGAGAUCAAAGUGAAGCGUAAAAGAGAUCGGUCCAAAAACGCACCUAAAACAUUGAAAACAGUUUAUCAAUGUCCCAAUUGCGAUUUUAAAACUACGCAUAAGCGAAAAUUUCAAAGGCACGGAAAGACUCAUCUAAAGAAGGAAAUCAAACGUUUCGUCUGUCGAGAGUCCGGCUGCACGGAGGUGUUUUCCGAGUCCCGGGAAUAUCUCGCCCACAGAGCCAAUCACCGGCUGUUCACGUGUGAAUACUGUGGCAGCCAAUUCAAAACGGCCAGUGACCUCAAAAGCCACUUGCUGCUACACGAAGGCAAACCGAUAUUCCGCUGCGAAUAUUGUGACUAUACGGCAGUGAAGAGGGAAUAUGUAAAGCUCCAUGUGCGCAAUCAACAUGUAAAAACGAAUUCGUUUAAAUGCGACGUAUGCGACUUGAUUUUUGCAAAGAAAAUUACUUUGAAAAACCACAUGAAUAUUCACACAAAAGAAAAAACCUAUAACUGUAGGAUAUGCGAGAAGGUAUUCUACGUCGAAAGUUAUUUGAAAAAACACGUCGCAAAUGUGCACGAGAAGACGCGAAGAAAAUGUGAAUAUUGUUCAAGAGACUUCUGUCUGAAGGAAGUGCUUGUCGAUCACAUCGAGAAGGAUCACGGGAUUCAAAUGCGCUUCAUUUGUGAUAUCUGUUUGGACGUAUCGCCGUCGCAGUCUGCGUUAGAUGUUCACAGAAAGCGCCAUGAGAAUCCCAAACAUCUGGAAUGCGGCCGUUGCUUGACCGCACACACCACACAAGAAGCUUUGGACAAUCAUCUCUGCAUAACCUACAGGGACAACUAUUUUUGCUGUGGCAGAGAUCGACGUCAUCAUACGACCUAUAAUAAGCACAUGUAUCAAGCUCACGGUAUGCGUACGAAUGCGAGAGUGAAACCUGUACCCGGCGAACUGAUGGGUGUAGCAAGAGCGAAAAGGAAACGCGUUGAAAGUUGUUCAUUUUGUGAGAUGAUAUUCGAAACUAGAGCGUUGAAAAAGAAGCACUUAGAAACUUGCAGAGCAGCUCUCGAUAGUGCAGACCAACAUGGAUAAGUAUAAAAGACCUUGGAACAGACUUUAGUUAAAAAUAAGGGCAGCUGAAGAAAACACACGAGAUACAA